AUUUAUAGCUUUUCCUUGCAACGUACAAGCACACCUAAAACGACAGAUUUUGCAGCAUAGUAAAAAAUUAUAAAUUACUUUUCUAUUUAAAAACUUUUCUAGCUAGGACACCAGAGACACCAAUGAACUCGUAAAUGAACUCGUUUGAAAACGCGACAGAGUUCAAGAUGGCGGACGGCGACGAAGUGGACAGCGGAAAGUGGGUGUUUUACCGCGACCGGCCCGAAUGGAAAGAUGUGACCCCGGUGCCGCAAGACGAUGGCAGGCUCCCAGUGGUGCGCAUCGCGUACUCGGAGCAGUUCCAGGACAUCUUCGACUACUUCCGGGCCGUGCUGAAGCUGAACGAGCGCAGCGAACGGGCCCUCGAACUCGUCACCGACGCCGUGGACAUCAACACUUCCAACUACACUGUAUGGCACUAUCGCCGGGCUCUACUCAAGGACCUCGGCAAAGACCUGCACGAAGAGCUCACCUACAUCCAGAAGGUUAUCGAGGACAACCCCAAGAACUAUCAGGUCUGGCAUCACCGGCGCGUGCUCGUCGAAUGGCUGCACGAUGCGUCGCUCGAAAAGGCGUUUACGGAAUCCGUCCUACGGAUGGACGCCAAGAACUACCACGCCUGGCAGCACCGGCAGUGGGCCAUUUCGGAGUUCGACCUGUGGGACGGAGAACUUGACUAUGUGAGCACGCUGCUUCAGGACGACGUGCGCAACAACUCGGCCUGGAACCAGCGCUUCUACAUCAUCUCCAACACGACUGGCUUCACUGAAGCGGUCCUGGACCGAGAAGUCGCAUACACGUUUGAGUGCAUUCGGAAGGCGGUGCACAACGAGAGCCCCUGGAACUACCUCAGGGGCAUCUUGGACGCCGCCGACGCCGGCAAGAGGUCGGACGUGGACGAGUUCUGCGAGCGGCUCUAUGCGGAAGGGUGUCGCGUCGCCUACUUGCUGGCCUUCAUGGUGGACUCCAUGUCGGACAAACUCGCCGCCAUUCCCGACGAACGGAUGUUUCGGAGGGCGCUCGAGUUCUGCGAGCAACUCGCAGAGGAAGAAGACGUGAUACGCAAGGAGUAUUGGAACUUUGUGGCUCGUGGAAUUGAGGGUCAGUACGCGAAGACGACGGACGGCGUUGGCGCUUCCGGUGGUGUUCCGCCCGUUGGCGACGCCGUGCCGUCAACGGCAUGAGAAUUGUUUGACAGCGUCGUCCGAGUUUCUUGAAGGCUCGCACGUCAUCUGGUGCGGCGACGAGCUUGCUCGAACCGUUUGAUAGGGCGCGCUUCGGCGUGGCUGUGAAAGCCGCAUAAUCCUUGCCAGCUGACUGUUUUUGUGACUGUAAAAUACCGGGGGGACCACCCACCCCGCUUUCACUGAAAACUUGGUUAAUCUGAACAUGGGCGCUUGUCUGGUCAAAUCGGUCGCUCAGUGUAUAAUUUGCAGAAUUCCCAAGUUUGGAGGACGUUAAUAGUGGGUGCUCGAGCGGAGUGGGUGCUUCCGCCGUAUUUUGCUGUAGUUGUGGUUCUCCUGUUUCUCGAAUUUUCAAUUUGCAUUGUAUGAAUGACAACAAUGCUCGUUUUUGUCAUGAAACAACACGAGAUGUUUCCAGG